AUGAGGACAUCGCUUUUCGUCGCCUCGGUGGCGGCAUCUGUGAUGGCAGCUGCAGUGGGCGUCGCUGCCCAGCAGACGAGCGACCAGUGCGUCUCGCUCAAGGGCAGCACCCAGUGCCCGUCGUUCCAGGAUGCAUACGUGAACCCGUCGAACCUCUCGUCGGCAUGGCCCUGGUUCAGCCAGGUGUCGGAUGUCCAGUCGUUUGACGACCAGUUUGCCCAGUACUUUACCGACCCGACGCGAUUCAUUGCCACGAAGCUCAACCGCCAGCUGCAGUGCAACCGCACCGGCUCGGACAACACGACGCUGCAGUGGGAGCGCACCAUCCUCUGCGGCCAGUUCAGCCAGAUCAGCUACUCUGCCCAGUGCAACAUCCAGAACCGCGCCGACCCAAUCAUGGUGUGCCAGGACACGUGCAUCGAGUACAGUGACUCGGAGAACACGAUUGUGGCCAACCCGCAGAUCUGCACGCCCACCGACAGUCUCACCUACGACCACAACCAGACGCGCGCCGCGACGCUGCUCAAGGACUACGUUACAUGCACCAACUGGACCAGCCUCGUGUCGACGAACAAUGCGACGUGCGUCUCGGGUGCCUCCAACGAGGGCAACUGUGGCUAUGGCCCGGGUGUCAGCACCCAGCUCUGCGAGGUUUGCGACCCGUCGGGCAACCGCACCGUGCCUGCCUGCUGCUAUGAUCGCCAGACAGAUCUGAGCCAAUGCGCCUCGUACGGCCACCCUGGCGCUGCUGCCGUGGUGGCCACCACGAGUGUCGCUACGGGCUUCCAGACGGCCACCUCGUCGUCGAGUACCGGACAGGCCACGGGCAGCGGCGGCUCGUCGCGCGCAGGCCAGGACAACCAGAACGGCGGUGGCGGCACCAACCUCAGCGGCGGCCAGCUGGCCGGCAUCAUCGUCGGCUGCAUUGCUGGUGCAGCGCUCCUCGGUGCAUUCCUCGCCUGGCUCCUCUUUGGACGCAGGCGCCGCAACAAGCAGGACCACGAGGCCUCGCGCGGCCUCGUCUACGGUGCCGCGGGCGCAGGCGCAGCCGGUGCAGCCUCGCGCGAGAAGAACUCGGGCGGAUGGAACCACAGCGAUGCCGACACGGCCCGCUCCCUGGGCGGCAGUCCCGCGGACAACAAGUCGCCGCGAAGCAUGGACGGCGGCGCGCCCCUCGUUGGCGGAGCUGCGCUGGCGGGUGCGGGUGCGGGUGCAGGUGCAGGUGCCGCUGCUGCUGGUGCUGCAUCAGCCUCGCACGACAGGCCCCAGAGCGGCCUCUCGUCGGGCACCACGGGCUCGGGCACCGAUGGCCGAGGCACCACCGUGGCCGUCGUCAAGGACCAGUACACGGGCCAGGACAUUUUCCCCGGCGAGGAAGUCGUCGCCAUCUACCCGUACAAUGCCUCGCUCAACGACGAGCUCACGCUCGAGCCCGAGCAGCGGCUCACCGUCCUCCGUCUCUACGACGACGGCUGGGCCCUGGGCCGGACGCUCGACGGCAAGGAGGGCGCCCUGCCGCUCGUGUGUGUCAGCAGCGCAAAGGGCGAUGCCCCCGCGCGGCUCCGGGCCGGCAGCGCCAGAGACACGACGACGGGCACCUCGGACGACGAGGGCCUCACCUCGGGCAACGAAGGUGGCUUCACCAGCAGCGUCGACGGCGCCGUCACUGCCGACGAGGGC